AUGUUGUUCGGGCCACUUGCGCUGGCGGCUGCCGCCACCGCGUUCGUCAUCGUCCCAGAAAUGACCGAGAACGACGAAAAUAUAUUCAAAGCGCUUCCAGUCGACAAUCCCGGCAGUGCAUUAUCCUACGGCAUCCCAGAAUCGGCAUUCGAUCAGAGUAUUUCUGUUCCUUGUGGUGACUGCAAGGGUAGACAUACACAGUUGCGCCUGGAUUUCACCAUCGAGGACGAGACGAGAUUAUUGCUCAACGGGUUUGAGUUGUAUCCGGACGCCGACCCUUGGAGCGGUGAGCUCCAGGCUACUAUUUCCAGCGGCCAUAGGAAGACAAAGAGCAAGAAACUUGGCUACAGCCUUGCUGUAUACCCAAAAGCCGUUGCGAAGGAGGACAACAUGGAGUUGGUCGAGGUCGAUUUGAAGAUCAUCGAGGUUGGCACCCGCUUCGUGGACGGCGUCCCCGCGGUCAGAGUUGAGCUUAUCAGAGCUCCGGGCGGAAGCCUCGCAAUGUCCACGGUGGACUUCGAUCAGUUGGUUGAAACGCCAUGCACGACCAUCUGGUGUCGCGCAAAGCAACUAGCAGACAAACUAUGGGCGCAGGCCCAGGAGAUUAAGGGUUGUGGCAAGACAGCUAUCCCGGAGCUGGACUCCAAGCCCGUGGACAUGACAUCGUCUGACUUCGACCUGCCUGACAGCGAAUACACCGCUCAUAUUACUGAGCCAACCAUGCCGUCUCAGGAUGAAUGGCGCCAUCUUCUGAAGAGCAUCGCUGGACACAUUAUUAUGCCCAUUGUCAUGGGAGUCACAGCCGGUGUCGCUGUCGCAUUUCUCGCGCUCUGCAUUCAGAGUAUGGCCAGGCGCCUUAGCAGCUUUGUCCGCCGCAAGCGCAAUGGCGAGCGACGCAGCAACUCUUGCAAAGCAUCCUGCAAUGAGCACUCCACCACGGAGGAGAAGGCACAGCUCAUGGCGUAG